AUGGAAGAUGUUUCGGGGCGAGAGCCAUCGCCGCACGUCUAUGUCCGCACAAGAGUCGCCAACGCUUGCGACAGUUGUAAGGCCCGGAAAGUCAAAUGCGACGGCAAGUUGCCAUGCAGCUACUGCUUGAGACGUCAACGCCCUUCCACGUGCCGAUACUCUCCGCAGCAGAGGCGACGAGCGCCGGCCCCCCUUCUGAGAACGCCGUCUCCGUCUGUGCAUAACGGCCCGGAUAUUCAGACCGAGCCCCGGCAAUCAGUCCCGGCACACGAGGCCUUGGCCGAAGAAGAGACGGAGGUCCCCCGGGAGGCACGUCUUUUGUGUGAUGCUCAAGGGAAAAUAAUUUUCAUUGGAGAUUGUGCACCUCUGUCAUUCUUCCAAACUGUCCGGCAAUUGGUAAACACACGCGUCGAUCCGCAAGUCUUUGCACACCAGACUGAAAACCCGCCUUUCCGACCACCGGCUCAUUAUUCCGGAAACGACGAGCCCGCUCUACAACUGACAACAGUACCAAGUGCCGUUGUAAAGUAUCAUGAAGUGACCAGUGGUGUCGUCGAUCUGUUUGGCCAUGCACAGCUCGUCAACGAGAUCGAGUCCUGGGCUCGCCAGAAUCAUAAAUCACAAGACGCAGUAUCCGCCACUUUUUACCUCGUUCUUGCCAUAGGUUACCAGUCUUCCGAGGAAGACCUUGCAUCCUCCUACUUUGAAUAUGCACGCAACAUCGCCCUGGCAAAUCUCAGCGGCAACAUCAAUGUUCCAACAAUCCAGACAUUUAUCCUAGUUACUGUCUAUAUGCUCGCUUCAUGCCAAAUGAAUGGGGCAUUUCUAUUCUUUGGUAUCGCAGUCAGAGCAGCCUACUCGAUUGGGAUUCACCGCACUGAGAUUAACUCUCGAUUUGGUGCCGACGUCCAGAGGCAGCGGGAUCGCCUGUGGAAGAGCCUGCGUGUCUUGGAUCUCUUCUUGAGUACAUCGAUGGGCCGGCCACCUGCAACAUCUGAUGUGGACUGCACUGUACCUUACAGGGAGCUGGACGAUGAGGGACAAGAGAUAUUCGAUAUACUCAAUGCUUCUGCGCAGAUAUUCCUGAUCACUGAAGGUAUCGUCGUAGAAGUGUACUCGAGAAGGAAGGUUUCGUAUCAAUUGACCGAAGGUAUCUCACGACAGCUAAGAGACUGGUCAAUUCGUUGGUUACAGAGGCUCAAGGACACUGUGUCUGAUACCAUAUCCGGCCAAGAAGCAAGCAGGGUGACGGGAGCUUGCCAGGUCCUUUGUUCCUACUACUAUGCGGUGAUAUUGGUCUCACGGCCUUUUCUAAUGUAUGAAUUGCACAAGCGACUAGCCGACGGAGUUGCCGAGACGCCAACGACGACUUCGGGUCUCAUCUCCGGCAAGUCAAAACUUGCCGAUGCGUGUAUCGAUGCAGCAAGCUUCAUGGUUGACAUACUAGUUGGCCUGGCGGAGAGAGGGGUUUUAACAGGGCACAUGCCUCUGGUUGUGUCCUGGUUAUUUGCCUCAUCCCUCAUUUUGGGCGUGGGUCUUCUCGGAUCCUUUGGCCGCAUAUUGGAAAAGUACACGCGAAACUCUAUAAUGGUCCUAGAACAUUUUGCAAAGAUCGACGCUCACGCCUCUCAAUACUCGCUCAUUACAAAGUCAUUACUCAACGCCGCUCUCGAGUACUUGGAAAAGAAGGAACUCAGAGAACGUGUGCAGCGUACUGAAAGUUCCUCGCAGCUUUUUGGACUUGUCCCGCGAGAAAGCACCGAAAGUGUCCACAACAUCCAAGCUUCAGCUACUGAUGCAAAUUCAAGUUCAAGUACGGAUCGAAGCCUCGUUUCGAAGACAAAUAAUUCCGUCUCUGCUUUUCUUGGACUCGGUUCGCCAUCUUUUGCGGACGUAGACGCAUCCUUUUUAAGCCUUUCGUCAUCAUUACCCAGGACGCCGGAUUUGUCCAUACUUGACGGAAGGAAUGAGAUGGAUCAUGGUUUCGGGGAUCUGAACUUAUUCCAACUCCUCGAUGGCGACGGACACAUUGAUCUUGGCACUUACAUCUGA